AUGAAUCAUAAUAAACAUUUUUUAAAAAUACAAGAACCAACGUCUAUUCUUCCUUUUCUUCAUAUUAUAGAAAAUCUUAAAGCAACACCAAGAACAGGGUGGUUGAACUUCAAUAUAGAAAAUCCAGAAUCUAUUGCAAGCCAUAUGUAUAGAAUGUCUAUUAUUUCAAUGUUAUGUACAACACCCUCUAUUAAUCGUGAUAAAUGUAUAAAAAUGGCACUUAUACACGACAUGGCAGAAUCUAUUGUUGGAGACAUAACACCAUUUGAUCAGAUAUCACCGGAGGAAAAACAUAAACGCGAAUUAGAUGCCAUGCUAACAUUAACAUCUAAAAUUUUACCCAAAACACAAUCAAUGGCAGCUAAGGAAAUGCUUGAUUUGUUCCUUGAAUAUGAAGAAGGAAAAACAGAAGAAGCAUUAUUUGUUAAAGACAUUGAUAAAUUUGAAUUAUUGGUACAGGCAAUUGAAUAUGAAAAAAAAACGAAAAAAAAUCUGCAGCAGUUUCUAUGUGUUCUUCCAAAAAUCAAAAAUCCUCUUAUUUUAGAAUGGGUAGAUGAUGUUUUAAAAGAAAGAGACGAAUUCUGGAAAUCUAUAGAUCAUUAA